CCAUGAUCAUCAUGUUAUCUUCCCUCUCCCCUUCAAUCCAUUUGCCUUUGUUUUGUCUUCUCGUUCAGGAUGGAUAUUUUUUCAAGAUGCCUUUUAUCUUCUCCUCCAUUAAAAUUCCCUUCGAAAACCCUUAAAUCAGCUAAGAAAUCACAUAUAUUCCUCUCAAAUUACACCCCCAUUUGCUCUUCUAAACUUCUUUCCUUCAAUUCCCUUACCUCUGAAACCCGAAACUCAACUCUCCAAAAUGAUACUGAUUCAAGAACCACACAUCUCUAUUUUGUUCAAUUCCAUCGAUUGUUUAUCAAGAAUCAGUUUCCUCUACUGUUUGUUGGACUAUCUUCCCCCCUCUCUUGCUUGGCUUCUGAAACUGGUGAUCUUCCCCCCGAAGAAGUGUCCAACAAAAUUAACUUGGAAUCCGUUUUGGUUUCCAUUGAUAACUUCUUCAAUAGGUACCCUUUCUUUGUUGCCACAGUGGCCUUCAUUUGGCUUGUUGCAAUCCCUUUGAUUGAAGAGUACUUGCAGAAGUAUAAAUAUGUAUCCGCCAUUAAUGCGUUCAACAAGCUGAAGGAUGAUGCCAAUUGCCAGUUGUUGGACAUCAGGGAAAGUAAGAGUGUGGCUUCUUUGGGCUCACCGAAUUUGAAAAGGUUGAAUAAGAGUGCUGUGCAGGUGGAAUUCCGAGAAGGGGAUGAAGAAGGUUUUGUGAGGAGGGUACUGGAGAAUUUCGGGGAUCCAGCUGACACUUGUGUUUGUGUUCUCGACGAUUUUGAUGGUAAUUCUUUGAAAGUAGCUGAGCUGUUGGUGAAAAAUGGUUUCGAAGAGGCUUAUGCUGUCCGGGGAGGGAUCAGGGGAAAGAAGGGAUGGCAGGAGAUACAAGAGACACUUCUACCCCUAUAUGUACAUGUCUUCCCAAAGAAGAAGCUGAAACAUGUCAAUAAAAAUGGUGGGAUGAUCCUAACGGACAGCAGCACCGAUGGCGAUGGCGAUGGCAUUUCCUCCUCGACUAGAGAUUCUGAUUCGAGCAUCGCCAACAAAGAAUUCGCAAAUGAAAAUUUGAGUGCGGGCGGUGGCCAAAGGCCGCUGUCUCCAUAUCCAAAUUACCCGGAUUGGAGACCUCCAUCUUCCCCAACUCCGUCAAAGCCUUGUUGUUGACAAGACUCACUGACCAAGAAGCUUCAGCUCUCAGCUCACCAGCAGUAAGCAUCAAUUAGCUUCAACAUUACCUUUAUCUAUUUAUUUAUUAUUCAAAACUUAUGAUUUAAUUAUGAAAUGCUGCUUGCCUUGCUACAUCUCAAUUUCAGAAUAAUUAAACCUAAAUUAUGAGAAUUAUCUAUCUGACA